AGCUCAGAUCCACUCACACCUCGUCUCCUAAUCUGUACGGUUCUUAUUUCGAAAGGGUAAAAACCAAAAGCGACGCAAAGGGCAAAAUCGGAAAAAGUGUUUUAUUUAUGGCCGCCGUUAGUAGUUCGUCGGAGACCGGAGACUGCGGCGUUACGGGAAAGAGAGAUGAGAUCAUGUUGUUCGGAGUUAGAGUCGUGGUUGAUCCGAUGAGAAAGUGUGUGAGUUUGAACAAUCUCUCUGAUUAUGAAAAGUCUUCUCCGGAGGAUGAGAUCCCUAAGAUAGUCACCGCCGGAGCUGGAGAUGGUGAAGAUAAGAACGAAACGGAUGCGACGGUGAUUGUCGCUGACGGUUACGCCUCCGCCAAUGACGCUGUCCAGAUUUCGUCUUCUUCCGGCGGGAGGAAACGAGGGGUUCCAUGGACAGAGAACGAGCAUAAGAGGUUCUUGAUUGGGUUGCAGAAAGUAGGAAAAGGAGAUUGGAAAGGAAUAUCAAGAAACUUUGUGAAGAGUAGGACUCCUACUCAAGUAGCUAGUCAUGCUCAGAAAUACUUCCUCCGACGAACCAACCUCAACCGUCGCCGAAGAAGAUCUAGCCUUUUUGAUAUCACUACUGAGACGGUUACAGAAAUGGCCAUGGAGCAAGAUCCUACUCAGGAGAACUCACCACUACCUGAAACCAACAUCAGCUCUGGACAGCAAGCGAUGCAAGUUUUUACUGACGUGCCGACAAAAACUGAGAAUGCACCAGAGACAUUUCAUCUCAACGAUCCAUAUCUGGUUCCAGUAACCUUCCAAGCAAAGCCAACAUUCAAUCUAAACACAGAUGCUGCUCCACUUUCUCUCAACCUUUGUCUGGCAUCCUCAUUUAAUCUUAACGAGCAACCCAACUCAAGACACUCGGCUUUCACGAUGAUGCCAAGCUUCAGCGAUGGAGAUAGCAAUAGCAGCAUCAUCAGAGUUGCUUAGAGCUUAAACCCAAGGUGAAUCUACAAGACCUUGUUUCUUUCUUUGUUUCUCUGUUGUUGUAGUACUAGUAGUACAUAUUAGGUAUAAACAGAUAAGAAAAAAGAACCCUAUUAAGUCUCAGUCCUGUUUUUGAUCUUUCUUUAGGCCUUACUUUGUCAAACUUUUAUGUAUUUUGUCUGAAAAUAUAAUCAGGGGAAAAAAAAAACAGAACAAAAACAGAGGAAGGCUAUAGAGAUUGAUGGACAAACUGUGUCUAGGGUGCUUCAUCAUCUUUGUUUGUUUGUAAAACUCUUGUCACACACACUGUUAUGAGUCAUUUUCUGCUGUGUGUGUUUUGUUUUGUGGUGAUGUAAGUUAAAAACAAGCGUGAUUCUCAUGUGGCCCAUCUCAAUCAAUGGUUGGUGAUUUGUGGGGUUUUUAGGCUUUUCUAUUAUCUUAUCUUUUGGGGAUAAGAUAAAAGCCUAAAACUGUAUGUAACUAUGUAUGGUUCUUCGAAUAUUUUAUCAUUUAUCUCUAAUGUCAUAAUAAUGUUGCCAAUUUCAUAUGCCACUUCGACUUUUGUGGAUUUUUUUUUUUCUCUUUCCCUAGCAAACACCAUUUUUCCCUAUAGUACAUGACAAUCCAAAAAACAGAGUAAAUUUUAAAGAAAAAGAAUCUAAUUUUGUCAAUUUUACUUGUCUGCGAUUAGCCGUUAUUUCAGGUAUUAUUGGUCAAAUUAAUUCUUUUCCCAAUCCAAAUAUAGAGGACUAGAUAAUAAAGCUAAUAACCUCUGUUUUUUUUGGGUUCCUUUUCCUGUUACCAUUUCAAUCUUCAUGUAACCCUUUUAAGAUAAUUUUCUUCUUCC